UGCCAGGGUGAAAGGUCGGCGCGCCGGCGGCACUCCCAACAUGGCGGCGGCCGGGGCUGUGGCGCGCGGUCCCGGAGCUGAGGCGCGGCGGGCGCCCUCUCUUCGGGCUGCGCGGCUGCUCCUGCUGCUGGCGGCGGUGGCGGCGGUGGGGCCCCGGGAGGGCGGCGCGGCGCGGCUGUACCGCGUGGGCGAGGACGCCGUGUGGUUGCUGGACAGCGGCAGCGUGCGCUCGGCCACGGGCAACAGCUCGGCCGCGUGGCUAGUGCAGUUCCAUUCGUCGUGGUGCGGCCACUGCAUCGGCUAUGCGCCCACCUGGCGAGCGCUGGCGGCGGACGUGCGAGACUGGGCUGCUGCCAUCCGUGUUGCUGCUCUGGACUGUGCAGAAGAAAAGAACCAGGACGUGUGCCGCACAUAUGACAUCCACUUCUACCCCACCUUCAGGUAUUUUAGAGCAUUUACGAAGGAGUUUACAACUGGAGAAAAUUUUAAAGGACCUGACAGGGAGCUGCGGACAGUCAGGCAGACAAUGAUCGACUUCCUGCAGAACCACACAGAGAGCACUCGGCCUCUCGCGUGCCCGCCCCUGGACCCUAUUCAGCCCAGUGAUAUCCUUUCCCUCAUGGACAGCCACAGUGGCCAAUACCACGCUGUUAUGUUUGAAAGCAAUGGUUCUUACAUUGGACGAGAGGUGAUCUUAGAUUUGAUUCCAUAUGACAACAUUGUGGUGAGCCGAGCACUGGAUAGGGACAAAGCAUUUCUGGGGACACUUGGCAUUUCUUCAGUUCCUUCCUGUUACUUGAUUUACCCAAAUGGGUCUCAUGGACUGGUUAAUGUCGCAAAGCCUCUGCGAUCGUUUUUCUCCUCUUAUUUAAAAUCCUUGCCAGAUGUGAGGAAAAAGUCACUUUCCUUGCCUGAAAAGCCCAACAAAGAGGAAAAUACAGAGGUUAUGGUCUGGAAAGAAUUUGACAGGGCCAAGCUGUACACCGCAGACCUGGAGUCAGGACUUCACUACCUGCUAAGAGUGGAGCUGGCUGCCCACAGGUCCCUGGUUGGAGCUCAGCUGAAGACAUUCAGGGACUUCAUGACUGUCAUCGCCAAGCUGUUCCCCGGCCGGCCACCAGUCACGAAGCUUUUGGAGACACUACAGGAGUGGCUGGCCAACCUCCCCCUGGACAAGAUUCCGUACAAUGCCAUCCUAGACCUAGUCAACAACAAAAUGCGGAUUUCUGGAAUCUUUCUUACCAGCCACAUACAAUGGGUGGGAUGUCAAGGAAGCCGACUGGAGUUGAGGGGCUACCCAUGUUCCCUGUGGAAACUGUUCCACACUUUGACGGUUCAGGCCUCCACCCAUCCAGAAGCACUGGUUGGCACAGGUUUUGAAGAUGACCCACAGGCUGUGUUACAGACCAUAAGGAGAUACAUUCGCACAUUCUUUGGGUGCAAAGAAUGUGGUGAGCAUUUUGAGGAAAUGGCUAAGGAGUCCAUGAAUUCUGUGAAAACCCCAGACCAAGCUGUUCUCUGGCUUUGGAGGAAGCACAACAUGGUGAACAGCCGCCUGGCAGGCCAUCUGAGCGAGGAUCCCAAGUUUCCAAAGGUUCCAUGGCCCACUCCAGACCUCUGCCCAGCCUGCCAUGAGGAAAUUAAAGGCCUGGACAGCUGGAAUGAGGACCAGGUGCUUGUGUUCCUAAAGCAGCACUACAGCAGGGACAACCUAGUGGAUACAUACUCUGUGGACCAAGGCAGUCCUGACGACUGGGGAGCCCUGGGCAGGGAACAGGAAGAGGGGGAAGGUCUUAACCCCUCAGGGAAGUCCUGGGGAUAUCAGGAUGCUGAGAGUCUCCAUCCACUCCACAUGCUGGGCCCCAGAACUGACCUUUCUAAGAGCCUGCACCACAGACUGGACCUAAAACUCCAGAGCCCCCGGGGGCAGCAGGCACUGGAAGAGGCCAAGGCAGCUGUGCCCUUCCUGGGGGUUGGCUUCUCCAGUCUGGACAUGAGCCUCUGCGUGGUACUCUAUGUGGCCUCCUCCUUGUUCCUGAUGAUCAUGUACUUCUUCUUCCGAGUGAGGUCCAAGCGAUGGAAAGUCCGGCUCUACCACCCAGCUGUGUAGAGCACCUGGGACAGCCAUGGCAACACAGAGGAAGCCUUUGAAAUCACCCGCACACCUGCAGCUCUAAUGUUGGGAUCAGGGAUUUUGGAAAUGUGCCCAGCAUGGUGUCUGGAGGAGCAUGUUUUGUUUUAUUUUGUUUUUUUUUUUUUUUUGCUGGAACAUUUUGCAUUGCUGGUACCUUGUCCUCACCUUCCCAGCCUCCAUGUUGGACUUGUAUUUGCCCUGUAGGCUGGAAGGAGGCAGGUCUGUGUUGCUGCUCCCUCAGGAGGCCUCACAUCUACAUUUGCCCUCCCCUUGACCCCUAAUCCCUGCUCCCUGGGGGCAGUGUCCAGUGAUGAGCAGUCAAAGCACAGAGGCCUCUCCAGACGUCACUCACCCUGCCACUGAUGUGUACUGUGUAGCCGUUCACACAUAAGCCUCGGGCGCUUUCGUGGGAGCUCGGUGCUCUGAGGUUGAGCAGGGAGGUCUGUCUGGUCACCUUGUGGGGUGCAGGGCCUAGAGGCCACUGAGUUGUUUUGUAGCUUCUCUGGAUCUUAAGAAGUAACCCAAGGUGGGGGUGAGACACUAGUGGCUCAGAAGAGGAAGGUGGUGACGGUAGGUAAGGGGACACCCUGGUCAGGCUGUAGUCCAGUCUGGGCCCUGUGGUGGGGUUCCACCCUCCAGCACAGUGUGAGCACUGCUCUGUUGGGAGAGCGCAGUCUCUGAAGCCUCUAGAGCCCCUGUCAUGUCUCACGUGCACUCAGAAGGCACUGGCGGGGCACAGGAUGCUGAGCACAUGCUAUGGCCCCUGCACACAAGGCUUCCUGGCCUUGGGGGUGACUUUAAAAACAAAAAUUUAACAGUUUAAAUACAUUAUUUGUAAUAUCCCAAAACACUGAAUGAUAAACUUGUGCCUGAAGACUUUUUUUAAAAAAUGGACUAAGUCUACAUUUAUGGAAACAUUCCUACUGAGACCUGUCAUGGCUCAGGAGCUUCUUUUUAUUUGGAUAAAGCAAGCUAGUUGUGUGUGUGUGUGUGUGUGUGUGUGUGUGUGUGUGUGUGUGUG